GAAAAUUUGAAUCCAAUUUGUCACUGAAAAAUCAGCUCCAAAUAAACAAACCAAGCGCAACAUAAAAAUAUAUAAACAAAUAAAUUAACAGUCAAAUCAUAAUAAAUUUUGGUAACCAUAGUAACCCACAACAACAAAAUCUACCGAGGAAUAUGAACACAAGCAAACAAAAUUUAAUAUUGGACUAGUAAGUUAAUAAAUUUAUGUCAAAUCAGGCAAAAGAACAACAAAUUGGCAGCAGGAAUUCAAUAGUUUUGUUGAAUUAGUAAUUAAAUUAUAGCUAAAAUUAACGAAAAAUAUAGUUUUCAAUAAUUAAACUAUAUUAAUUUAAAUAAAUCUAUUUCAAUACGUGUAUUUAAAGUAUUUUAUUGUGUGUUUUCAUUUAUUUUUUCGCCAAAUUACUUUAUUAAACUACUACUUGUCCAAAACACCCAAUGGAGACAUUAUUGCAAAACUUGCAAGAACAACAAAUACAGUUGCAGCAACGACAUUUUUACAUAGAUGACCUGGCAAAUAUGGAAAAUAUAAAUGAUGGAGCACCACCUCUACCACCGCCGCGCAAAUAUGUAUCAAUUUUCCACAUUAAUGGUGAACCCAUAUUACCGCCAUUGAUGACCACCGAAAAACGGCGGCAAAUGCUAAAACUUAAAGAAAAAGCCUUAAAAAUUGAACAACGCUUAAAAGAACGUAAACAACGAGUUUAUUGUGAAAAUGAUUUAAUUAAUGAAGACAUAAAAAGUGAAACUUCCCGCUCUUCGCUACACAAUACAGGUGGUAAUACUUCUCAACGUUCGCAAGAUUACUACGAAAGUAAACUUAAAGAAGCAGAAGAAUCCAUGAUUUUACUACAAAAUAUAAUCAGAAGACAACAUGGAGGUGUUGAAGAAAAGUCUACAGAAACUGUAAAUACUGAUUGUAAUAAUGCAUUGCAUUCUGACAGGGAUGAAAAUCAAGAAAAGUUACAGAAAUUACGUAAAUCUGAAAUAUUAAUCUAUGAUAAUUCCACAAAUGUGGUAAUACAGUUACCUGCCGAAAAGGAUAGACAGUUGUUUCAAGAUCAUCAAAGACAGUUGGUAGAAAUGGAAUGUAAAGCGAAUUUAAACUAUGUGCCAGCUAAAAAGCCCAGUCAUUUGCUGUUAGCGGGAGUAAAUAGUAAAGGGCUAACAGCAAUUCCUUCAAUAUGUCUAAAUCCUCCCACCCCCUUAACGGUAAAUAAAAAUAUAUGUGAGACUCUAAGCGCUGCAGAAUGUGGCGUUUCAUUGAAUCGAACAGAUAAACAAAAUAAUUCUUUUGAUUUUGUGGAAGAUCUUAGUUCAGAUGAUAGUAUGAUAACACAAUCAGAUAAAAGACCUGUUAGAAGAUUAAGCAAACAUAACGCUAAGUCCGAGAGAAACCCCUUAACUCCGGUAAAAAAUGUAUCUGCUAAAAUUCAACAAUUUGAGGCCAUUAGCAGCGAUACUAAUACACCACAAACAAGCCCAGAGAAACUGUUUAAAACAAGAAAAUCUUGUUUGGGAACCGCUACGGGUAGUAUGAGUCGUUCAGCUACUAGCCCUUCCAUAAAACUGCCUACCAGCAAUCGCUCAUCUUCAUCCAGAUCACAAAGUUUAGCUCAAGAUUCAGAUAAUUCACCAGAAAAUACCUUAGUACGUUCAUCAUCGUUUACCUUAGAGGGACCUUCAAAAGCUCUCAUAGAUCAUAUGCAACAACAGAAAGCUAUCAGUAAUAGCAAAACACAUGCUAAAUCUCCUUUAAAUACAACACGAACUGUAGCUAGGAAGCCAAUAUCUUCUCCAUUGAGAGCCCACCGGGAUACGGUCGAAUCGAAAGCCAAGAAAGUGCAAAAAGUGGAACUCAAGUCAUCCAAACUAAAGACUCAACAAAAAGUCUCACAAAGUAAAUUGGCCCAGGCUGCUGUAGCCUCAAUUUCUCCCUAUACUACCACCGCCCUAACCCAGUAUACAAAUAACUUGAGUAAAACUAAAAGAUCACCCUAUGAUAUCUCAAAAACUUCUCAUAAUUCCCUUCAAACUCUGCAGAAAACCUCCACCACCCCAAUGCGUAAAUCAAAUUCCACAUCAUCAAAUUUGGUUCAAAAUAAAACUUCAAAAUCUAGAGUAUCAUCUUCAACCACUAUACAAACACCCACAUCCACAACACUUAAUGCGGCUGGAACUCCCAAAAGCGGCAAAGAAUCAUUUACCCAAAUGGACCAGACACAGAAAGAGAAAUUUAUGCAUUUAUUGGCACAACAGCAAGAUGAACAUCGAAAACUUCAGCAGUCAUUUGAAAUGCAACAGAAACUGUUGAUUGAACAACUUAAUCGAGAAAUGGCCGCAACACAAUUGAAAUCACCCACAAAUUCUUAUAAUUCCUCAACAACAAACUCUACGUUGAAUUCUAAAAGACAAGAUCAUAAACCACUGACAGCCCAGUUACAAAAUCAAUUAAAUCUAACAGGGUUUUCCAGCGAAAACUCUCAAAAAAAACCAACAACUCCUUCAUACGAGUUUAAACAACAUAAGUCUCAUAGUAACCAACAACAGCCAUCUCCCUCUACAAUCAGUAAUAAUAGUUCAUAUAUUUCCAUGACAAAAAAUCACUCUGUAACAGCUAAUUCCCAACAAUCAUUGUAUGGCUCGCAUCAUACUCCGACGUCGCAACCCAUUCCACUCAACAACUCCCUUUUAUCUUCAAUUGAUCAUUCAAAUGCUAAUACUUCUUUGGAUAUUUCCACGCUCUCAACUCAAACUUCACCCGAAACUCUUUGUGCUACACCGACAACACAAAAUAAUGCUGGCAAUAAAAUAACAACAUCAACAUCUCGUCGCAGACUAUUUACCACGGAAAUAACUGAUGUAGGCGGUGAGAGCAAUAACCUAAGUUCUCGUUCAACCGGCAGCUCAACAUAUUCAUCAGGACAUCCUUUGGGGAAUCACAGGCAACAACCUCAGUUAUUUAAUCAAUCAAAUAGAAGUCCAAAGUCCGUUUUAGUCAACAAUAACAGUAAUAAACGUCCUCCAAUAGAUAAUUCUUUACAUUUGCAUGCUGCUGCCACCAAAAUAAAUGCAUGUGCCCGAGGUUUUCUUAUACGUCGUCUAUUCCAAACCGAACAAAUUCAACGUAUUGUUCAAACAAUACGUGAUACCUUGAUAUUUGUUUUAAAUUUACACAUAGAUACUAUGGAGAAUCCUGAAGAAUCAGAAACCCCAGCAAAUAUUAAACUAAAAGCCAGACUUUUAAAACAGUUAUCUUCAGCCUCCCGUACUCUUCACUUGGUUUUCUUUCAAACUUCCAUAAAGGAACGAAUGGAAAUUAUUGCUAGAGAUCGUAAACGUAUUAAAACUAAACUGCUGCCCAUGAAUCGCAGAUUUUAAUUUAUGAACAUUUAUUAAUAUACCAAGAACUCCAAGAGUUGCAGGUUAAGGAAAAACAAAAAAGAAACAUAAUCAGCAACAUAACAAUUUAUUUGAACUAAAAACAACCAAAACGAACAGCAUCUCAAAUUAAA